CAGCUCACCAUUCACAACGUAAUCCGAGACCCAUGCAACUUUCCAAUGGCGAAUGAAAAUGGCUCGCUCUCUAACCGAAGGGGCCAGAGCUGGAACCGAAUAGCGUCGGGGACUCCCCCGAGCGACUUAAAUUGAGGUGCAGCGGCCACUAAAAUGGUUUCGAACUUCCCUCCAGAUCGUCUGCUCUGUUGGGGGCGUACAUGCGACUUCCUUCAAAGUCGGUAGUCUGGCUAAUAUAAUUGGGCUAUAUAUAGCGCUGAAUUAGCGCCCCACACUGCGAACAAGACAUUGGCUACUUCAAGGGACUACAGGGCUGAACAACCCGGUGUGAUAGCACAAUGUUGCUUAUAAUCCUGACAGCAUGCAUUGCUGUACUGCUCUACCUUUACCAUGUCAAUCGUGCUAUAUUGGCCGUUCCCGAGGAAGCUCGUCGUCUAAGCCCUCACCGCUGGACAGUCGAUGAGGUCAAGGCUGCUUACGAAAAGGCUCUGGACUCUCCCAUUGAUGUAGCUAAAAGCCUUCCCCCAAAGCAAUCUAGGCGCUAUAUCGUUGUUGGUGGAUCGGGACUCGUCGGAAACUGGAUUGUAUCGCACCUUAUCAUGCGUGGUGAAGACCCAGCCGCUAUCCGUAUCUUGGAUCUCCAGACUCCCCGCCCCGAAGUUCUCGACCAGGGUGUCGCCUUUAUCAAGACAAACAUCACCGAUGAGCAGGCCGUCCUGAAUGCCUUCUCACAACCAUGGGCCCCAUCAGUCGCCGACUUGCCAUUGACUGUUUUCCACAACGCCGCAGUGAUCCGACCCGCAGAACGUCUCAAGGCUUUCCUGCCUCUGUGCCGCAAGGUCAACGUCGGGGGUACAGUGAACGUGCUCAACGCCGCCAAAAAAUCCGGCGCAACCUGCAUGAUCGCAACGUCGUCCGGCUCUGUCUGUCUCCGCCGGUUCUCCUUCUGGAUCGCUCCCUGGACGAAGACACCCGAAUACCUAGUACAGGUCGUCAACGACUCAAACGAAGUACCCAAGAAGCACGACCAUUUCUUCGGAAACUACGCCGUCGCCAAAGCCGAAGCAGAGAACAUCGUCCGCUCCGCCGACGACCUCAAAUCUAACUUCCGAACCGGCUGCAUCCGCCCCGUAAAUGGAAUCUACGGUGUCUCGGACACCGCCGGGAGCGUCACAGGAAACUAUCUCCGUAGCAAAGGUGCCCCGAGCUGGACCUACGGCGUCAUCCACAGUUUCGUGAAUGCCGAAAACGUCUCUAUCGCCCAUCUCCUCUACGAGCAGCGUCUUCUCGAACACACAAAUAGCCCCUCCACGCUCCCAAACAUCGGCGGACAGGCCUUCGCCGUCACAGACCCCAACCCGCCGGUCCCCUUCGAAGACAUCUACCUUCUCCUCACGACAUUGGCAAAGACACCUGUCGCCUUCCCCCGCGUUCCCGUUAUUCCAUUCAUUCUGAUGUCUUAUCCACUUGAAUGGUAUGCCCUCGUGCAGCAGCAGUAUCUCCCCUGGCUUCCGAAGGUCACAGGAGAGCUUGCUCAGCUGCAGCCGGGCCUCUUCGCUAUCGCCAGCGCGCAUGUGAUUGGUGAUGAUUCGCGUGCGCGGAUGUCUCCUGAGAAGGGUGGGCUUGGAUAUAACCCGCCGAUUACUACGUUGGAUGGGAUGUGUAGGGAGGUCAAGGCGUGGAAUAAGGAGGCGGAUAUGAAAUCUUCUUCUUGAAGGUUGGGGCUGUUGAUGUCUGAUGUAGUGGAUUUUCUUUCACAUGGUAGUUCUCAUUGGAACUACGUGUGAUAUAUGUGUAUGAGAUGGGCUAUAUACGUGAUCGAUGUAUAUAUUACUAUGCUUCUUUGCUAUUAGACUAGAAAGACCGAUUGGUGGUCGUUUGAGUCUUGUACUAUAAAAUAUAUUUAACACAAUGAUCGCUUCC